AUUCAGAAUAACACUGCAACUCGGCAUUACACCGAGCCUCAGGAUGAAUUAAACAGAGAACUGAAGGCCCUCAUCAUUCCCAUGACUGCUCACCACCCCUCUUCAGAAGACAAAACUCCCUCUGAACCUCCCCCUGUGGGGCCUGCUGUACCACUCACUGUUUCAGCCAGGCCAUCUGCCAUGUCCUCGGGGUCACCUGCUGAGAAUCACCUGUCUCCUGACCUGGCCCCCCAUAAAACAGGGAACCAUCUCUCUCUUAGCAGUCCCCAGCUGCUGGCUGAGCUGCUGCAAAGUCAAGCCCGCAGGAGCCCCCGGGGGCCGUCCCCUGAACGCUCUUCUCCCCUGGCCUCCCCCCUGACCUCUCCCAUUUCCCCUCCAGCCUCACCCAUUACCCCCCCUGUGACCCCCCCGCAGCCUCUCUCCCCCACGCAGGAGAGUCUUGCGCUCAGCAGUCCAGAGCUCCUGUCGGAGUUGAAACAGUUUCGCUCCCUGAGACAUGUCAACCCCCAGCGUGGCCUCACCACUGUCUUCUCUGGCAGAGGUCGAGCGACUCGAGGUUCAGCUCAAGUUUCACACUCCCAGCCCCGUCCUUCACCAGACGCCCUCACAGAUGCGCGAAGAGAGAAUGCAGGCAGUCAGUUGGUGGCCAAUGGGACACAGCGGUAGAAUGGGUCAGAAUGUCAUGUUGUCCAUCGUGCGUCUGUCAGUGUGUCAGCGAGACUUUUGGCAACUCUGCUGUUCUGUGAGACUUCCAGUCAUUGUGUCAAUCAUUCAGUGUCAUUCAGGCCAUUGCACUGGCAACAGUAUAAGCAAUUCAUAAUUCAAUUGCCACUUAUGACUUUAUAAAAAUAAUUGUUUUCAGAUUUUGUACACUCCACCCAUGAAUAAACAAACAAAAAAUAAAAAAAGUGUUGAUAUAGACUCUC